AUGCCUGGAGACAAGAUCCAUUGCUUGGAAGAAUUGCAAGAGUUGCAAUGGGUAGUGGCCCAGCGACCUCAGGCUGUAAACAAGAAGCGGAAAAGUGAAUGCCAUACUUUGAAGUCGUUAGCAACUGUAUUCCCCGCUUCAGAGUCCAAAUUUGUAUGGGCCGUUGAGAACACUCUGGAUGUGGAUGGCAAUCUGCUCAAGGCCAAAAGAUCCGUCAGUAAUGAGCCUGAAGUUCUUGUGUCGCAGCUGGAAGCAAUUGCCAGGGCAAUGCCAGAGUAUUCAGAUUCUCGCGGCCUCGGAAGCAGCUCUUGGAAUCAAUUUGUUGGUUGCCUUCGGUCACCGCGCGUGCGUGUAGCUGAUCUGAAAGUAACUCAUCACAUAGAGGACAUAGAGGUGGUCCUAAAAGAGUUGGCUUCGAGACACAAGGGCACGGCCGAGCAGCUUCUUAAGAAGCUCUCCGAUUUGGCUUAUGUGCCUUGCCAGAGUGAUGGACCUACAACAUUGCUUUUCAGCCCAAAGCAUGCCGCCUGCUCAUCAGCCCAAGGCCCUCACAAAUUGUUGCCGGCUUUUGGGGUUGUGCUGCCGCAGAUUCAACAGCUGGCUUGGGCAACAGGCACCCCAAAGUGGAUGCACGUUGAAGCUUUGGUGGACGCCAUCCCAUGCUUCGGCAAGGACUUGGCCAUUGCCCUUUGUGCAGAGCUGGCAGAACAGGCAGAUGUGGAAGGGUUUGCGCGUUCUCUCAGAAGGUUGAAGGUACCAACCAACAGCAAACAAUUUUUGCCAAUUGAACAUGUGUACAUCAACGAUGCGCAGUGGAAAGGAGCUGGUGACGUUCAGACGUUGGACGAUCGUAUCUCCCCUGACCAUGGGCAGAAGCUUGGAUGCAAAUCUGUCCGAGAAAGGUUGAAGAAAGAGUGCGAGGAUGGUACGGAAGAUGAGGAUGCUUUCGGACAAGAAGCAGAUUUGGUUGAUCAGGUGAAGCUUAUUCUGAAGGACUACAAUGACAAGAGCGAUGUGGUCACUGAGUUCGUGCAGAACACAGAUGACUUUGGUGCGACGGAGCUCACGUUUGUGCUAAGCGAUGAGAAGUUUGGCACAAAGCGGGUUGUGGAUUCACGCUGUGCAGCCUUGCAAGGGAACGCCAUCUACAUUUUGUCCAACAAAGAACUGCGCGAAGAGGAUAUCAAGCGCAUGCAGAGAGUGGGCAGAUCUGCAAAGAGCGUUGACUUUGCAAGCACUGGUAGAUUUGGCGUUGGCAUGAAUGUCUUCUACCGAUACAGCGAUUGCCCCCAGCUUUUUGCCAAUGGUCGCAUACAUUUCUUUGACUUGACCAGAAACUUUGUUGCCAAGACCAAUGAGACACGUGGCAAGCAGUUUAACCGAGGAAAGUUGGAGGAGAUGUUUCCAGAUAGUGUCCAACCAUUCCACUCCUACAUAGAUGACUAUCCGGUAGUGUUCCGCUUACCUUUGCGCACUAGAAAGUCUGAGCUGGGCGAGAAGGUGGAGUUGGCCUCCGUGGAGAACGACCUGCGCGCUGUCUCUGCCAAUGCGUUUUCAAUGUUGCUUUUUGCCAAGUCUCUUCAAAAGCUUCGUUUUCAAGGCCCACGAGGUGUCGUGACAGAGCACACCGCAGUCAUUGACGACCAAGUCGAACGUCAACAGCAUCAAGAGUUCUUCGCGUCUCUACCAGAUGGGCUCAGUCAGGUCAAACACAGUUCAGACAAGGAAGUCUAUGUCACAAAGCGGAUCAGCAGCAAGUCCUUCUCUUCGGCGCAUGCGCCCAGGACUUCUGAGCGCAAGGCGCUUUGCGUGGAUCACUUUAACUCAGCACUAGGUGGCGCGUUGCUUCCUCUGGGGGCUGCUGCUGCUCCUUUGGACAAAAAGAAGUCUGAGGGAAGGACCCUUGGCUUGAGUUGGUCAAUGAAUGAGUCAAUGGACACGGUAUGA